CACCAUUGGCAGCUCCUCCCGACCUUUUUGGCCUAUAAACUUCACCUCAAGCCCGUUCCGCACUUCUGCUCGCAGUAGAAUGUGAGUUGUAGAGACAAUACGAUGGUACCACGAAAUGAGCAAAGUUCCCUUAAGCGCAGCAGGGUUACUGCAGACCACGAAUCGCAAGAUCAAAAGAAGCCCAGACGGUCUGAGAGGAUCAGUUCACAGCAACAAUCGCAGACACCUGUCAUACAGUCAUACCUACCCACUCCGCUAACGCAUCAUGACUCUACGGCUACGGACUUACGAAACGAAAUGACAGCUACUCCGCCAAGUCAAGCUCUUCCGCGGUCACCUUCUGACCUAGGGUCUCCUCCUGGCGAUACACAAGCGCUCUCGCAAUUCGUCUACCCUCCCAGAGCGUUUGCCGAUGACGUCGAAGAUGAAGCCGCAGAAGGGGUUUGGGGUUACCUCAUACCUCUUGACGAUAAAGUCCGGGACGCUCUUGUGCUCCGGAAACGUGAUGGCUGCGACGCGAAGCCUACCAAGGAGCGAUCAUCCAAGGAGCGGAAAUCUAGGGAGUCUUCCACGAAACACGCUGCCAACCGACGUCCUGGGGGCUACUUGAUUGGACGACAUCCAGAAUGUGACUUGUCGCUCAAUAUUCCAACUGUAUCUAACCGCCAUUUUCUGGUGUUCCCUGAAAACCGUAGGGGCGAUACAGUAGCUAUCCUCGAGGAUUUGUCCAGUAACGGCACGUUUAUCAAUGAUGCAAUUGUUGGCCGAAACAAACAUCGCGAACUGGAAGAUGGUGACGAGGUGACCGUAUUGGACGAGGUGCGGUUCGUUUUUAGAGCACCCCGGACAAAGAAUAUUAGCGGAUUUCGGCAGCAGUAUCGAGUCUUGCAACAACUUGGAAAGGGACACUUUGCAACGGUCUACCUUUGCGUAGAACGCACUACUGGGGCAAAGUUUGCGGUAAAAGUAUUUGAGAAACGAGCUGACUCCAAGUCUCAAAACGACGCGUUGAUGCAAGAAAUCGGCCUCCUGAUGAGCGUUAGCCAUCCAAAUUUGCUCUGCCUCAAGGACACAUUUGAUGAAAGUGAUGGGGUAUAUCUCGUGCUAGAACUUGCUCCGGAAGGGGAGCUUUUCAAUAUGAUCAUACGCAAACAGAAGUUUACGGAAAAAGAGACUCGCCACAUCUUCCGUCAACUCUUCGAAGGCCUGAAAUAUCUGCAUGACCGUGGAAUUGUCCACCGAGAUAUCAAACCGGAGAACAUAUUAGUUGCCGACAACAAAUUGACCGUAAAAUUGGGAGAUUUCGGGCUGGCCAAGAUAAUUGGUGAGGACUCAUUCACGACUACGCUAUGUGGCACACCAAGUUAUGUUGCUCCCGAGAUACUCCAAGAAUCUCGCCGUCGAAAAUACACCAAAGCUGUCGAUAUCUGGUCACUUGGUGUCGUCCUCUACAUAUGCCUCUGUGGCUUUCCCCCUUUCUCUGAUGAACUCUAUACGCCAGAGAAUCCUUACACACUGGCCCAACAAAUCAAGCUAGGGCGCUUUGACUACCCAUCACCGUACUGGGAUUCUGUGGGAGAUCCCGCCUUGGAUCUUAUAGACAGGAUGCUUACAGUCGACGUCGAUAAAAGAAUCACUGUCGAUGAAUGUCUUCAACAUCCAUGGCUCACAGGCGAGCUCCCAAGCGUGACCGAUAGCACAGACGGUCUCACGGGUGCGUUGGGAAACUUGGACUUCUCCAAAAGGAAAAUUGCCCGGGAGAGAACUCUCCUCAGCGGUAUCAAUGAUGUACGUUCCAGCCAGCAAAAGACGGGAGACGGAGCCUCCGUUAAAGUUUACCAUAAGAACAUUGCUGGUCAACGUAUGCAUAACCAGAGGGCUACUCGCCAGCAUGAGUUCCCGAACAAGAAUAGUGGACCCAAAGAUUUUGUUAAUCUUGGGGAGUGCGGAGAUCCGGUAUUAUUUGAAGAGGAACCGACAAGCCGCCACAAUUGA